ACGCGGGAUUUCGUGUUUUGUCAUCAGUUUUUAUCAUCGUUAUCACAUUUCUUAAUUUUUGUGGCGAAUCGCGUAGCACAAAGAAUCUUGCGCGAUUCUUCUUUCGAAUGCUUCGCGAAUCGUGCGUUCGUGACGGAAGCAAGAAGAAGAAAUGAAGCUCGACGACGACUCCGUCGUCAUCGUCCCUCAUUCCUGUACGACGACGGACCGAAAGUCGAUCCUCGUUAUUGUUUCUUCGGGCCAGAAUCGAACGGUUCGCCGUCGUCGUCGUCGCAUCACUGCCGCCUCCGUCUCAACCACUUACCGAUCGACAACCUACUCAGCUCCCAACAAUAACAACGACGAUGACAAUUACGUGACAAGGAGCGUGACGCUUGUCGCGAGAAAAAAGAAAACGAGAAGGAAGCGCGACGAGGCGUCCGAGCUGGACGUUCAGUAGCCCCGUGCGGUCUCCACUCGUAGUGUACACAUACAUAUCCUUAGCGCUAAUGUUGUUUAGUAUACAUCGAGGCCUCUCCCACGACGGUCUAUCGUGCGUGUCAGAACCUGUCAGAAUGCGGCAUCUCGCGAAUCUCCGUCCCUCGAUAAGUUGAGCGCGCCUUAUUUUCAUUUUUUUCACGACUUUUGCCAUUGUCUCUCAUUUUCGUUGUACCGCGAUGGUAUUGAAAGAGGCAACAGGUAAACGAGGAUUAUUGCCGCGAAUGAGUGCGUGGUCAGUGCUAUUGUCACAUUUUUCUUAAUAAAUAAUAUUGAUGAUCAACGGUAUUCGCAAUCACGUCCCGAAAUCGACGCUCAUUUUCAACAAACACACGAACGUUAUUUCGUUAUGUUUUGGUAAAAGUGAAACUGUACGAUUUAACACACGAGCCUCCGAAUGUGCGCGUGUGUACGCUCGUGAGAUAUCAAAGAGAAAAGGCUUUCGGUGGAAUCGCUAAUACUCGUCGCGCGCCCACGAGGUAGAGGGCGUAUCACUUUCCUUUUUCUCUCUCUCGAGCCAAGUUUCUUUAGCCGCUAGUGCUUUAAUACAUCGCGUUUCGCGUGCACGGUGCAACGAACACACACGAUCGAACUGCGGUGUUUUCAAGAUAAAACGUCUUCUCUGCGUCAGUCGACGAAUCGUCGUCGCGACGAGCGUCCGACGAGUGCGGAAUAAUGACGAACGAGAGACAAGGAGAAGAGGAAGAAGAAGAGGAGGAAGAGGAGGAGAAAGAGAAAACUCGGAUUCCCAGAGAGCCUGAAUCUUGGUGCACGAAAAUAUUGGAAUACGUGAAAAACCGAAACCGCAUAGGCCCCGGCAAGAUCGAGCUGGCCGAGUGCGACUUUUUUGUCGUCGGACCAAGACGUACUCUCCGUGUAUUACUGCCGAAAGCUUCGGGCGAUCCUUACUACGAAACGACGAAGAACGAGCGGCCGGAAACGAUCGACGAAAACUUUGUUUCUCGGUGGGCCUCCCGGCCGCAUCCCUCAGGUAAUUGCCGCUGCAGUUUUCGACGAACGAGAAUUCGAAAGCGCUCGAACACCCUCGACGAUCCCGACGACGACGACAGCAGCGAAUCGAAAAAGAACAAAAUCGUUCAAGACCUUGAAGAAUACAUCGAGAAACUGCUCCAAGAAGUACUCGCCGAUACUAUGAAAUUCUUCAACGACGCCGGUGACACUCUUAGAAAAAGUAACGAAGUUCUUAACCUCGACGAUUCGAAAAAAAGACCCGAAACAACGAGCCACCCGGAGGAAGAGCGCGGCUACGUCAAUCCCGCGUUUUCCGGCACCCUCAACAAUCCCGACUCCCUCGAAUUUCGUAUCCAACAUUCUCCGAGCACCGACGCAACCAACGAAAACUUGGAUUGCACCGACUCCGGUAUAAACAGCGUCGAGACGAUGGAGUUUCAAACCUCGCAGGAAAUCAGCCUCGAACAAUCCCUCAUGGAAAUCAUGGACGCCAAAUUUGGCAAAAUAGCCUCGGGCGAGCACGUCGCGUCGCACGACACCGAGGAAAGUUCCCAAACCGUCCCGGUCGUUCCGGAAGCCCGAGAAAGCGAAGCCGUCGAAACGCCGAUCAACGUUGACAGCCAAGAUCUCGAGGAGCCUGAGAAGCAACCGAGUUUUGAAAAGCUACAGCUAGAAUUUCUAGAACCGGAUGGGACUGCCACGAAGAAGAAAAACCCUGUCAAAACUUUGCGCGACAAACUGAGCCAAAGUUUUUCAUCGGUGAGUUGCAAAAAACGUGUGAACGACGAGGACGACGAGGUGGAAGAGAGGGUCGAGACGACAUCGGCAAACGAGUCGACGAAGGAGAAUCGAGUUUGGCAGGAAGUCGGAGAUGCGUCGGGAAAGCAGGGGGUUCGCGUCGCCGAAGACGGUAACAAGGAUGUCGUGAAAUUCCGAAAAUAUCGAAAGCCCGUCAUCGUAUUUCUCCACGGUUUCGGCUCUUCGGCGGAGGUUUUCGAGAAUCAACUCGAGUAUUUUUCGAAGCUAGGAUAUCCGUGCGUAGCCCCGGAACUUUUGGGCCACGGGAUGAGCUCCGCUCCGGAUCGCGCCAGGGACUAUAAAUUCGACAAGCUGCUCCGUGAUCUGGAGAUCGUGCUCCGUCACUACGCCUUUCGACCGGGCAGAAAGUGCGUUAUCGUGGCUCACAAUUAUGGGUGCAGUUUUGCCACCGCCCUAGCCUGCAAGUACGACAACGAAAUCCACCAGUUGGUUCUUAUUUCGGGCGGUGGCCCGACCCCUCUCGCACCGCCCAGCAUCGAAGGCACCGGACGCUGUUGCCUUCGCGCCUUUCUCAGUCCUCUUCUCGUCUGUGGACUUCGUCGCGAUAUCCUGUACGCAGCAAGAGGAAGACAACAUCCGUACUGCGGUGCUGAAACGAUCGAGCAACGCCCUUCCCACAUGAAGUACGUUCUCGACGGUAUGACCUGGCCCGAAGGUGAUUACGUUUUUCACCGCAGGAUAUCCACGCCUACUCUCCUGGUGCAUGGACUUCGAGAUGACAAAGUCUCUCUCGUACAGGAAUGCCAGAUGGAGAGAACAAUAAUCAAAGCAUUCCUCGACGCUAUACCGACCGCCGGACACACGCCGAUGAUCGAUUCUCCCGAGGAAGUUAAUCACAUGAUCCACUGUUUUAUAGACUUGUGGAGGCGCAAGAAACGCUGAAGAGCGUCCCCCCUCGACUCCCGUUGUCCAACCCGUCUUCGACGACGAUUGUGCCAAAUAAUAAAACGCGGAACAGGGAAGAAAAACGCUUCGGGAGCGUUCGUCGCGGCUGGACGAUCCGUUUGAUCCGCGCGUUUCGUUAAAUAUUUAUAAAUUUAUACAUAUCCGUAUAUAUAUAUAUAUAUAUAAACAUAUAUAUCUAUAUAUUUUUGUUUGAUCAGAAAUCUAUUCGAUUGAACAGUUUAUAAGAGAAGUGUACCAAAGAGAUGAUUUUUUAAAAGUCGGUCGAUGCACGAGACACUGACGACGCGUCGAUUGUAAAAUACCUUCUUGGUAACUCAAUUUGUACAGCUACGAAAAAUUUUUAUAUCGAUUAAAUUAAAGUUUGCAUGGUUAAAACGCAAUGGGAUUUAUUUUCUUCAAUAUUGUUCAUGAUUUGAGUACGGAUCGACGCUUGAACAAUUUGAAUUUUUGAAUGCCUGGAAAAAUAACUGGUAAUUGAUGAAGAAAUUAGAAAGACGGAGCGAACAAUAAGAAAUUUCCAUCACGUUCGAGCCAUGCCAAAUCCAAUUUA